UUUCCUUCAGCGAGGCGGCGCUGACUCAGGCUGGGCCGAAGGAAGCGCAAGGCAAUGGCGCUGAGCCCCCCCGAAAGGCAGCCGGGCCCGCCAGAGCCCCCGCACCCGCCGCCUCCCCACCACCCCCAGCAGGAGGAGGACGACGACGCCGAGCUCGACCCCCAGCAGCUGAGCGGCCUGGAGCCCGAGUCGGGCGGCAUCCCGCUGCAUUCGCCCUGGACCUUCUGGCUCGAUAAGUCACUGCCUGGUACUACUGCAGCUGAAUGUGCAUCAAAUUUAAAGAAGAUCUAUACAGUGCAAACAGUACAGAUUUUCUGGAGUGUUUAUAAUAAUAUUCCUCCUGUGACAAAUCUGCCUCUGAGAUGUAGUUAUCAUUUAAUGCGUGGAGAAAGACGGCCACUGUGGGAAGAAGAAAGCAAUGCCAAAGGAGGCGUGUGGAAAAUGAAGGUUCCCAAAGACAGUACGUCUGCAGUUUGGAAAGAAUUAUUGUUAGCAACAAUUGGGGAACAGUUUGCAGACCGCUGUGCAGGAGGUGAUGAAGUAAUAGGGGUUAGUGUCAGUGUUCGUGAUCGGGAAGACGUCGUUCAAGUGUGGAACGUAAAUGCAUCAUUCGCAAGCGAAGCAACAGUUUUAGAAAAGAUCUAUGAACUUCUGCCCCACACGUCUUUUAAGGCUGUUUUUUAUAAACCUCACAAAGAACAUCAUGCUUUUGAAGGUGGACGUGGAAGGCAUUAACAGUACUGAACUCAUGUUGUAAUAAUUAUUUUUUGAAGAUCAUCACAGUGAGAAGAUGGACAGUACAUUUGCAAAAGCACCACAAUCCCUGGUUAUUUUAGGUCUCUUUCUAUUUACGUUCAGCCGCUGGUACUCAAAGGCAAGGAGAAUUGCUGCCUCGGUUGCUGAUCAGGAUGUUUCUUUGGACUUCACAACAAAAGGAAAAUCACCAUUCAAAUUACCUUAGCACAUUAUUUCUUGGGUAGAUUUCCUUGUUGUUUUUAAUUAGUUUUACUGUACUUAGUUUAAAUGCAAAUAUGCACAGGCGUGAGAUGCUGCUUUUCCUCAACUUGCUGUACUUAGAAAAAUCAUAGCUGUGUGUUCCAUUUUUUUUUUGGUAAGCUUUAUUUUGAGACAUUCCUAUCAUGUUAAAAUUUACUUACGGAUUGUCCCGAGAGAGACUGAAAUUUGCACUGUGUUACUUCUAAUAUAGAAUGGGAGAAAUCCAACAAGAAGAGUUCAUUAGACACAAAUGGUGGUUGCAUAGCAGCUGUGCUGAAUGAAUUGAUUUCAGGAUCAUCUGGUUAAGCGCUGAUGAUAGCCAUGCUUUAAAAGAAGUAUUCAUAAUCACUGAACAGAGAGAGAGCCUAGAAACAGAGAACAGGUUUCUAUUGUUACUUAAUUUUAAAUGCUAGGGAAGAAAUCCCCAAACAACCCUUGGGCUGGUUAACACUUGAUGGUGGGCUUCAUGGGAACUAUUGGCACCACCAGCAGACUGAAAGCCAGGCAGCCAUCAGUUGGGGGGAUGUAUCUGUGAUUUGCAACCCCUCAUGAUCAUGGCAGCACCCUUCCAAGUCACUGCAAUUUUCUUAAUUGCAGGCGGAGAAGGGCACUGUCAAGUGUGGAACGGCAUGUUUGUUAAUCAGUGUUUUGUUUUAGCUGUUUCAAAACAUCUUUGAAAAAAAGCCUCUGCUGUGAUCUCACUUAAAACAGGAAAUUUUACAAGCCCAUUUUUGCAAACCAAGCCUUCAUCUCCCC